AUGACAGUGGAAGAACUACACGAUGAGGUCGAGGCAAUUGAAUCGAUAUAUCCCGACACGAUAAAAGCUGAAGCUCCGCAAAUCUAUACCAUCAAAAUCCCAAAUCACUCAGAGGUGUCCUUCCAACUAACCUUCCCCGUAUCAUACCCCGAUGCCCAGCCCGAGGUUCUUCAAGUAUUGAACCUGAGCAAGAGCACAUUCACGGAUGAAUCGUAUUUGGAAAAGAAGAUAAGCUCGGUUUUAAAUGAUAUCUUUACAUCUGGACAAGUUGUCAUGUUUGAGUUGCUCACGGAGUUGCAAGAAGUAUUUGACCAGAUUGCCGAAACGCGAGCGGCUCAGCAACUCGAGCGUGAGUCCAAAUCCAAUUCCAAAUCCCACAGCCCUCCUCUUCCUCCGUUGCCGUUGGUGGUGGAGCAAAAGAAAUAUGACAAAGCUGCUCCUCAGCUGGCGGACAUUGAUCACACCGCCGGAUGGCAGCAGUCGGAACCCAUAAUUGAUAGACAUUCGACAUUCAUCGCUUACGUGCGACAAGUCCACAGUGUGAAAGAGGCUCAAAUGUACUUGGACAAUUUGGUUCUUGACAGGCGGAUCUCUAAAGCUACUCAUAACAUCUCAAGCUGGCGGAUCAAAGAUAAAGAUGGACUUGCCGUGUAUCAAGAUUGUGAUGAUGAUGGAGAGAUGGCGGCGGGGAGCAGAUUGCUACAUCUAUUGCAGGUAUGUUUUCCUUUUUUUCUGUUUAGUGGCAAGCCGUUUUGGUACUAACUAAUUUCAUGUAGAUGAUGGACGUUUGGAAUGUGAUUGUUGUUGUUAGUCGAUGGUUCGGUGGCAUACAUUUGGGACCUGACCGCUUCAAGCAUAUAAACUCAGCUGCUCGUGAUGCUCUAACAAAGGGUUGCUUUUCGGGACUUGCUCCAACCAAGUCGAAGAAGAAAUGA